AUGGCCUGGGCUGCUCCGAGCAAUGGCGGCGGACCGUCACAGGCGCGAGGAGCUGAGCUCGAGGGCAGGUCGGGGCCGAAGCGCAACGUUGGCCCUGCGAUGUCUUCCCGCACUUCUGCCUCUUCUCGCUCCGGUGGAGUGAAAGCCGGCUCACCCAAGAAUGCCGGUUCCUCCACUGCUGGCUUGGACCAUAAGAGCAUCGUGGCAAUGAGCCAGAUCUGCACGGAGGACCUCGAUGCCAAGAUGCGGGAGAAGAGUUCGCUGACAAAGCAGUUGGCAGAGCUGAAGCGGAGCAAACUCCAGUACGAGACGAAGCUCCAGAAGAAGAAGAAAGACGAUGACAGCGCAGUCGUGCAAACCAUCGACCUGGAAAAAAAGCUGCAAACCAUUAACAACAGCAACCGAGUGGCCACGGCCGAGCUGUCAGGGCUGGGGUCCGAGAACGAGCGGCUGCGCCAAGACAUCGAUGCCUUGAGAUCGCACCUGCAGGAGGCCACGACAGCCUACGAAAGAGAAUGCGAAGCUCUGGAGGGCUUGAAACAGGCCCUCCAGGCCACACGCAAGGAGCUUGCAGCUGAAUCGAAGCAGCGGGAUAUCGUCCAGCAGGACUUGCGUGCCUCGCGGACAGCACAGAAUCUGAUGAUCAACAGGCUAGACGACAUCGAGAGGAGGACCAGGGACACGAAGACCGGGAUGGUAGUGGGUCUGCUCGAGUGGGCCUAUCUUGUGUCGUGGGCAGCUGGCUUGCGUGAUAGCUCAGCUGGAAAAGUAGCGCCGUAUUUGUUCCACUUCUUUGGUUGUCGACGUCAAGAGGACAUCAUGAGCGGCUUAAUGGAAUACAAUGGCUCGACCAUUGUCGCCAUGGCAGGCGAUAAGUGUGUAGGCAUCGCCUCGGACUCGCGCUACGGAAUUCGACAGCUGCAGACGGUGAGCUGCAACAGGCAGAAGUGCUUCCAGGUGACCGACCAAUGCUAUGUUGGACUUGCAGGAUUAGCAACAGACGUGCAGACCAUGAGCCAGCUGUUAAACUUCCGCAUGAAGUUGUUCAGUCUGCGGGAGGAGCGCGUCAUGCAGCCAAAGAUGAUCGGCAACAUGCUCGCGUCCAUGCUGUAUGAGAAGCGUUUUGGGCCGUGGUUCACAGAGCCAGUCGUCGCCGGGUUGGAUAAAGAUCAAAAUCCGUUUCUUUGUGGAUUCGACUUCAUCGGAUGCCUGUCUACCGCAGAGGACUUCGUAGUGUCGGGCACGACUUCAGAUCAGCUCUUUGGUGUGUGCGAAUCCUUCUGGCGCCCUGGCAUGAACAAGGAUGAGCUCUUCGAGACUCUCUCCCAGUGCCUGCUGUCGGGUGUGGACCGAGACUGCCUGGCGGGUUGGGGUGGUGUCGUCCACAUCAUCACACCCGAUGAGAUCAUCACAAAGAAGCUCAAAGGUCGUAUGGAUUAG